GCACUAGAUCACACUUUCAAAGUCUCUCUAUAACUCCGUCAGUCGAAGAAAGCGAAGCAGGACAAGAUGUUCCCGAAACACUUUUUGACCCUCUGUGGCUUCGUGCUGUUCGUCGCCAUCGUCAGCGGAGUGAGCGCACGCUCCGCCGAGGAGUCAGAGGUUCCCCAGAACGAAGUUUCACACGGCGCCGAGGAGGACAACCCCCUUCUGGCAGCCGCCGUCCGAAUCCUAGCCCGUGCUUUUGCGUGGGCCGCCAAACACUGCCUCGAACAAGCCGCCAAUGCCUGCAAACAGCACUGGAAGCACCCAGGAGAGCUCGUCAAGUGCGGAGGCCACUGGUUGGCAGCAAACAAGGGACGUUGCGUCGUCGGUUGAGCUGAUAAAUGUAUCAUAUUACUUUAAUUCAGAUGUUUUGGCAGAAAUAAUGAUUUAUCUAUAUUGAUUUACUUUUAAUAAAAUUUGUUCAUAUUUA